AUGCCUGAAGCCACACGCCGACUGCUCUACCAACUGAACCGCCGCUGGCUCUUUGGGAAAGUGCCGCUCCUGCACACGACCGUCUUCCUCCUCCAGAUCAUGGCCGUCUCGCUCAUUGCCCGAAAAUACAAUGGCUACUAUGCCAAGCGUCCGGUCCUUACCACCAUGAUCACCAACGCGAUUCUUGGUGGAAUCGCAGAUACAGUGGCUCAGACCCUCACCGCCGUGCGUGAGCGCGCAAACCGCAAAGGUGGCGCCGGCAAAGACGACUUCCUUGCCAUCGAGAUCCACGAGCUCGACCGCCGCAACCCGUGGCCGGACCACGACAUCAUCCCCGACUCGAAGAAGCUGCCGCCUCCCUUCGACUUCGAGCGCACAAUCCGCUUCAUGUCCUACGGUUUCCUCAUGUCGCCCAUUCAGCACCGCUGGUUCGGUUUCCUCUCCAGUACCUUCCCCAUUACAAAGAUCGGCAGCCCCUGGAUACCGGCCCUCAAGCGUGUUGCUUUCGAUCAGUUCUUGUUUGCGCCCGCUGGUCUUGCGGCCUUCUUCACAUACAUGACCAUUGCCGAGGGCGGUGGGAAGCGCGCCGUCCAGCGCAAGUUCCAGGACGUCUACAUCCCGGCGCUGAAGGCCAACUUUUUGAUUUGGCCGACUGUGCAAAUCAUCAACUUCAGGGUCAUGCCUAUCCAGUUCCAGAUUCCUUUUGUCUCCACUGUCGGUAUUGCCUGGACCGCUUACCUCUCCCUGACCAACUCCGCCGAGGAGGCGUAA